AGGCGGUGAGAAAGGGCAAGGGUUGACAACACGAACGACCACCUUGAGACAGACCACUGUGCGAUAGUGGGUGGACAAUACGGCGCAGAAGAAGUUGGACAUUGCGUGGGCAGAGGCCAUGUUCAGGGCUGGUAUUGCUUUCAAUUUCUUGAACAUGGACACGACUCAUAUAUUGCAUGUCGUGUACCUAGAGGUAGCCAACUCGAGGCCAAAGGUGAAGCUCCCAUCGUACAACUACAUGAGGACGGUCAUUUUAGACAUCAUCUACAUGAAGAUCCAAAAGGAGGUGACCCCGAUGACGAGUUGCUGGGACUCGACUGGAUGCACGUUCAUCACUGAUGGGUCAACUGACCGCAAGAAUCGGCCAGUGAUGAACUUCUUGGCGGCGAGAGAGCAAGGGGCCGUGCUCGUGACGACGGUGACAAGGAGUGGUAGGAAGAAGAAUGCGGUGGUGUUGGCAAAGUUGUGGGAGCAGGUAAUGAGGGAGAUUGGACUACAUCGCAUCAACACGAUAUGCACCGACAACGCUGAAGUUAACAAGAAGGCGGCGCAUAUCCUAGAACGGCGCAAGGACAAGGACGUGGCCAGAAUUCCAUGGGUUCCUUGUGGGGCACACUGUUGGAGUCUCCUUCUGAAGGAUGUGGCCAACCUAUCGUGGAUCAAGGGCACAGUGAAAACCGCGAAAACAAUCGUGAAGUUCAUCCGGAAUCAUCACGCCACACACGACUUGAUGAUGACUGUCGAUGACACGUUGUCCUUACUUCGUCUGACUGAAGUGCGGUUCGGAUUUGUGUAUCAAAUGCUCCAAUGGCUAGCUGACAGAGAGGAUGUUCUUAUCGAGAUGGUGGAUGGGAGGUCAGCUGGAAAGUGGGGAGCGUUGAGAUGGUCAGGGGAAAAGUUGCGCAGGAGAGCCGACCUCGUGUACUACAAAGUGAGGUCCGAGGUAUGGUGGCCGCAGUUGAGAGAGAUAGUGGACAUCAUGAAACCGAUCUUCCAGUUGCGGAAGAGAAUGAACGCAGAAGGAACGCCUCCCACCAAUCUUGUUGAGUGUGAUGAUAUGGUUGGGCGGAAAUUGACGAAUGUGGUGUUGACGAAGGAGCGGGAGGAUGUCAUGGAGACGGUGCGUGACCGCGUGCAAAUGAUGAGGCAACCGGUUCAUGCAGCUGCAUUCGUUCUUGAUCCACGACAGAGGAAUGAACGUUGGCUCUCCGAUCAGAAUAGUGCAGUGAUGCAAAAUGCAAUGCGCUWCUUCUUGAGGCAGAUUGGGGUUGAGUGGAACAACAAGGCACAUUCUGACCUAUGGGGGGAACUGAUGGACUUCCAGAAGCAGCCCGCGAGGGUUGCGACAGAGAAUGUGUGCACGGAGCCCAGAAAAGCUAUGAAGAAGUGGAAGGAUGAGCACAUGCGGGAACAACCGGCGGUGGACGAUGUGAAGAGGCUUAACCCUGUGACCUGGUGGGCAGCAUAUGGCGGGGAUGUCCCAACCCUUCAGGCAAUUGCAAUCAAGCCAGUCAUGGAGCCACAACAGAAUGAUGGGUCGACGUUGGUGACCGAUACUGAGGAUGCUGUUGAGAAAGAGGACGAGGAGAUGAGGCAAAGGAACAUGGCGAAGGCUCCAAGAAACAGGAUCCCCCAAAACCUUUUCGAUUCCGACACUAGUGACAGCAGCGACCUUGAGGAUAUGGUGUGGAAAGGGAAGUGCUGGAAUGAGUCAUCAUCUGAGAACUACAGCGAGGAUGAUGACUCCGAUUUCGAGCUCGGUGUGGUGCCUGCAGUCCGGGCAACCACGUAUGUUGGUAGGCGAACUCAACGACAGGACAAGGAUCUCGAGGUUGAGCCUACGUCGGUCGUCGAUAGAGUGGACAUGAACGUAGAGUUUUUGCUGCACCGCCAUGAUGACCCGGACGAGGAAGAGGCCACCCGUGCAAAGAAGAUGGUGUACAGGGAUCAUGCACUCGUGGACAGGCGGGUCGCUGAGGAGGAGGCCCGUCGUGCAGCGAUCCCUACCCGCAGGGAGAGGGAGAGGCGUGCUGCACAACAGGAAAAGCGCGAGGGCGAGGCCUUGAAGGAAAUGGACGGGGAUAUCCAGCCUGCCAUGGACACGGGCGAGCAGCAGUAAGGGGAGCCCGCAAAAGCAGCAGUAGAGCAGCAAGCAGCAGUUGCCAUGUACACGCGCAGGCCCCGCCC